AUGAAAGUGGUGCAUGAGGCCAGUCAGGUGGCGUUCAACGCCGGCGCUGCUCUGCAGACCAAUGUCCAGAUCGGAUCGGGGCUGGCCCCGUGGCCGUCGCCUGGAGCAGCCUCGCCGGCCCCCGCCCUCGUCCUCGCGCCCCGUCCACUCUCCCUCGACGGCACCCCUCGCCUCGCCGACUGCGACCGCGCCAGGAUGCCCCCACGACGCCGCCCCACGCUCGGCUUCAUCCUCGGGCCUCCGCACGCCGCCGCCGUCGUCGUCCUCCCCACGGGUCGCCUCCGAGCCCGCUGCCAUGCCCCUCCCGCUCCCCUCCCGCCUCACACGCCGGCCUGUGCGCCCCCACCCAGCUCACCUGCGGCGCUGCUCUCCCGCGCCAAGCGCCGCUACCGGCCGCGCCCUCUGCACGGCGCUGCUCCGGCCGCCGCACCUGCUACUGCGGCCUUGUGCGCCUCCAGUCGCCGCGCCCAUGGUCCCCUCGCGCACCCCGCGCCCGCGUCGCCUUCUCCGCCCUCUUCCAGGCCACCUCCACCUCCACCGGGCCGCGUCGGACCGCGCCCGUCGCGCCCCGACCUCCCGCCGCUGCACUGCCUCCCCUGCUGCUGCCGCUAUCCCUGCGCCGCCCCUGCCGUUGCCUCGCCGACGCCAGCGCCCCCCGUUCCGCUGCUGACCCUGGCUGCCAUGCCCGCGGCCGCCUCCGGCGCUCGGCGCCAGCGCUCAGCCAUGCCCGCGCGGCUUCUGCACGGGUCGGGCGCCCGCGAGCCACUGCGACCAUAA